AUGACUGCAAAGACCCUCAGAAACAAGGGGGCAACUGACUGCACAGGAGGCCCGACUAGGGAGCAGAGUGCCAUACAUAGAAAGACCAAGGUUACAAGUGGGAGUAAUGGCCGAAAACCAAAAGGCUUUGGUAGGUUUAACGAAGGCAUAAAAAGGAUGUUGAAACUUGAGGCAGCUGAGAAGGCGCUGUCUGAUGCCGUGGAGAAAGAAUGUCUUGCUGAGGAGAAAUAUUAUUGCGGACUUCAUGAUCGACCUAAAUCAUACACUACUUUUGAUGAGAAACAAUUUGGCAAUCUAGACGAUCCUGUCGCUCGAGAUUUUCCUUGCAGUGUCGUCUCACUUGCUUUAUUUGAUGGAGAUACAAUGUUAUUUGCAUGCUCCGGCAUACCUCUACCACCCGGGAGAGCUAAACUUCCCCUUACAAGAUAUGUGACAUCAGAACGUUUGGUUAGAGUAUAUCAGGGAUAUAUGUAUAGAGAUGAUAAAUUGAGGAUUGUAGUGCGCCUUCCUAAUGAUGAAAAAGUUGGCGGCCUUUUGGAGCUAUAUAAUAGCCACAUUGCUAUCGUCACGUGCUUGAGCCUCCAAGCUGUCAAACCUCUGGAUCUUAUUCAGGCUUCUACUCCUACCUCUUCUUCUGAUGAGAUGAUAGCUGCUGGGCGUGCCUUCCAGUCGGGCUGUUUGAUGUCCGCAAAGGUAAAGCCAGUUCCGGUCUCUCAGAAAGAUCUCAGUGGCUGGAAAAUUGUCAACGUCUAUAAAUGUGGGCCAGAGGCUGUACUUGGAGGGCCAGUUAUAGGAAACGAUAACAGAAUUAUUGGCAUAAACUUUGAUGUUCAUGGUGCUUUUUCUCCUGAUGCGGAAAAUCUCUGUGUAUUGUUUGUUCCUCUGGAUUCACUGUACACAUACUUGCACCAUUUUCGAAUACUCAGUCGUGAAGGACUAUGGUUCCGUGAAUAUUCGUUGCCUGAAGGUGUAUACACCCUAGUCCCUUCAGCAUUUAGGAGAAGAAUUUACCGGAUAAUGCACUUUAGUUAUCCCAUGCCACCACUACUUGUGCUCGAGCUUAAUGGGGUAUUGCGUAAUCAAUUUGAAGAAUGCUUUGGUGAAGUAUGUGCAUGGAAAGGGUAUCCUUUUGGUGUUCCACCCUAUAGUUCAGUCGAGCGUGUCUGGGUGCGACUGGGGAACGAUGUUUUGAAAGAUGUAUCCCGUCGUGUUGUCUCAGUUGCUUCAUUCAAAGGAUACAAUAGGCUUUUUGCAUGCACAGGCUUGCUUAUAAAGUGGCGUGAAUCCACUGCCGUUCUAACUUCAGCCAGUGUGAUUGGGUGUUGUCAUGAUCACGAUGAAAGUUAUGGACUUUGUAAGGACUUCAUGUGUAAUAGUUGUUAUUAUGAUGAAGAUGGAAUUCGUCAUGGACAGAUGUCGGAGAUUAAGGUGUUCCUCCCUCCAAAUCAACGCGCCAAUGGGACAUUGAAAUUGUACAGUUCAAACUAUAAUAUUGCUAUUAUCAGUCUCGACAAGAAAUUAAUUGGUACUCGUCCAGAAGACAUUUUCAAGGAGAAUUCCACUCGGAAAUCAUCUGGAAAAGUAGUAGCCAUAGGGCGUGAGACUAUACGAGGACUAUUGAUGGCAUCAAUGGGUGAAGUGAAGCCUAGAGACAAGGAUUGCGAACUUGAUUGCAAAGAUCUUAAGCUGUCCACUUGUAAGAUCAAGAAGGCUGGAAUUGGUGGUCCUCUUAUUAAUUUUGAUGGGAGUUUUGUUGGCAUGAACCAUUUUGAUGGAAGGAUGGUAACUCCUUUCCUUCCAAAGAGCAAGAUUGUCCAAGUUUUAAGACAAGGUGUUUCAGUAAGGCGGGAUGACGGUCCUGUGCACUUACGAGAUGCCAGUGAGGGGUCACGGAUAAACAGGUGGCCUGUGCCCCGGCCAUAUUGGUAUCAUGGUCUACUCGAUGCGGAUAGGGAUGAUCAUCUACCCGCCGUGAGUAGAGGAAGGGAAGUGUCAGACAUGCCACUGCUAUUUAUAAUUUGGACUGGUUGUCUAUGUCAAGGAAUGUGA